UCCUCCUCCUCCUGGACGCUGCCGCUUUGUUUCUGUCUCUCCUCCCGGGCAGGACCCGAGAUCACCUGGACCGAGAAGUGCCAACGACGCUCCCCACCCCGCUUCCGAGGGACGCUGGAUGCGCAGCUGCCCGGCCGGCCCCGGUGAGUCCUCAGGAUGUUUGCCAAGGCCACCAGGAAUUUUCUGAAAGAUACUGAUCCAGGAGGAGACUUGAUCCCAGUGAAAAGCUUGAAUGACUCAGACAGGUUACAGCUUCUGAGUUUGGUGGUGAAGAAAAAAAGGUUUUGGUGUUGGCAGAGAGCCAAGUACCAGUUUUUAUCAGCCACCAUCAAUGACAUCCUGACCAAAGAUCAGUUUCUGAAUCCAGUUGUGGUUGAGUCAGACUUUGUGACGUAUGAGGGGAAGUUUGAGGAUGUCUUGAAGGGCACCGUCGAGACCGCCUUGGGGAGGCUCUCCCUGAACGCCGGAGGAGCAGGCUUGGUGGAGAGCCAGUCUUCCUUUGGGACGCUGCGGAAACAGGAGGUGGAUCUACAGCAGCUCAUCAGGGAGGCUGUGGAUAGGACAAUAAAUCUGAAGAGUCCCCUGCUGCAGCAGGUCCUGGAAGGGAAGAAUGACGUUCUGUGCAUCGUGACGCAGAAGAUCGUGACGACGCAAAAGUGUGUGAUCUCUGAGCACGUCCAGAUAGAAGAGAAGUAUGGCGGCAUGGUGGGCCUCAAGACCAAGAGGGUGAAGGUUUCCGUGAGCGAAGAUGGGAAUGUGAAGAGAGAUUCCAACGUGGUCCUCGAUAUCCCGGUGUCCACCCCCAUCGCCUACAGGGUCCUGGAGCUGUACGUCAAGAAGGAUGGUCAGUUUGAAUUCUGCUUGCUGCAGGAGAAACGAGGCGGCUUUGAGCGAGAGAGUACCGAUGGCCCCGAUCAACUGGAUGUCGGGAUCUUCGGAGAGUUUCUCUUCCCCUUCAUGCUGGACGCUGUGGAUGGGAAUUCUGAGGCUGCAAAGCUCGUGCCUACUGAGGGGCCGUUGAGCUCCUUAAAACAUGGGAUACUGCUCUUGGAGAGGAAUUUCCGUCCCUUUGUGGAGCUGUCAGGGCAUCACCAAGCAGCUCUGUGUGAAAACCUCUGGGAAAUCCUGUUCAACGAUGAAUUGGUGGUGGCCCUGGACACUGUGCUUGAUGACAUCUUCACAGGCGGAAGCCCCCAGCUGACCACACUCGCGGAGCUGAGCCACGUCCAGCAGCGGCAGCUCACUACCUUCCUGGGGCUGGCGGGACUCCAAGUGCAGAAGGAUUUGCUGGUGUGGCCGGAUACUCAGAGCAAUCGGGAGCUGCUGUCCACCAUCUAUUUCUUCAUCAGUGCUCUGGCAGAGAUGCCAGACAACACACCCACCCUGAUGGGCAUUUGCUGCAAGCUACACAUGGUACCGGCAUUGUGUCACUUGCCUCAAGUGACAUCUGCUGAUGGCUCUUCUGAACUCGGAGAUCCGAGCCUGGCCCCUCUCAAUGACGCAGAAAGAUUUGAGAUUGUGCAGAAAUUGUUUGCUCUCUCAAACAUCAGCCUGGAGCGAAGGGAGGCGACUGUGAAGGCCCUCAUUAUGAAGAAGCCUCAGUAUCUCCCCCUCAUUCUUUAUAUAAUCCUGAAUGGACUUUGUGCUUUAGAAAGAAAAGACAAGUGAGGCUGUCAGGUAAGGCCCCAGGCACUUUAGUGGUGGGCGUCUGCGUCCUGCACGCUCCAGGGAGCCUCCUCAGAAACUCUUACAUCCAAAAAGCUGAACUCCUAAGACAAAUCAAAACAAGCCGAUUUUUUCCCCACUUAGGGCUUCCUUUUAUAAGAGAACUCAGCAGCAUUCCCUUUUUAAGUACAAAGCUUCCUAACAUUUUUAAUAUUAGAAUCACAAAUAUUCACCUGUUAGAAAAACACAUUACAGAAAGGUCUGUCUGCAGAUAUCCUCUCAGCAUCGACGAUAUUCCCUUUUAGGGCUGGGGCCCAGCACAGAGAGGGGAACCAGGUGGUUCUCAUCCAAGCAGGAGAAUUCUGAGGCCACCAAGGAGGCUGCCAACCUGUCUGCUUUCCCCCACCACCUUCGAAAGGAGGAACAGGCUGCUUGUGCUUUUUGACUGAGAUGACUUGCUUCUGGUGGUGAUGGAUAAAGGAGCUGGGGUGGGCAGAGGCUUCCCACAGCUCCUUGUCCAACAACCUCCCAGCAAAGUCCUGGCCUUCUCUCUGAUCCUGCUGGUGUAUGAUGGAGACCAUGUGAGCCACACAUACAGUUUACAGCAUUCCAGAUGUUUAAUUUAUAAAACUGGGGGACAUCAGAGGAAAUCCUAAACUGUCGUGCCUGUCUCUCUGUUGUGACGUCUCUUCAAAGUGACCUGCUAUGUUCUGGUCACCCACGGGAUCAGUUGCCUGCCUUUGGGGCUCAGAGCAGUCUAGCUUUCUUUAUUUCUGAGGGUGACGAGGCUUCCUUGAGCUGGGCUGCCUUGCUUGGCCCAUGGGACCGUACCUCUGGCCAGACUGAGGCUGGGCCACGCUGCAGUCGGAGACAGGUGCAGUUCCCAGGGGUCAAGGUUCCACCCAAGCAAAGAAAGCCUGUCUGCUAACCAAGUGAACAGCCCAUUUCAGUUACUACAUGUGACUAGGGAGGAAAAAAGGCUCACAGCCUCUUCCAAUAAUAAGUCUUUAUUUCUUUGUAUGUACAAAAAUAUUUCAUUGGGAACAGGUAAAUCUCAUAGAUUCUGUACAUUUCUGUAACUUGCACUCUGGACAACACGUGAACAAGACACAAAAUGUGUGAAAGGGGAGGAGGAGGAAGGGACUUUGUAAAAUGGAAAACCCUCGUUUUUGGCUCGUCUUUGGGCAAAGCCGACAUCAGAGUCUCCCUUCUAUGGGAGCCGGGAUGGAAAGGAGCAGCAGCUGACUUUAUUAACACUGGAAUGGCUAGAUUCUUGCAGUGUGUUCACACUCGGGUCUUGGGGCUGCUGAGCUUUUUGUCCUCAGUUUUUAAACUGUUCUCUUCCACAUAUGUGCAAAAGACAAUUAUAAAGCACAUGCAUUUUAAUUUCCAAUGUAAAACUACACAUGAAAAGAAAUGUCAAGGAGAAGAAACAUCCCAAAGCUUUUUCCAGCAUCCUCGAUGAACCUUAAAACAAAAAUGCCCUAAGUCUGGAGUGCUGGCUCUUUAAAAAAAGAACCAGAGGCUCUAUCUUUCCAGCCAACCUUAUAGAAACAUUGGGGGGCAAGAAUUUCAAUUUAAAAUACAUGGAGAAAAAUUUUAAUUAAAAAAUUUUUUUUAAUUAAAAAAAACUCUUUUGGACUUAA